AUGCGCCGGUCGAUCAAGCAGGUCCCAGCCCGCCUCCGAAUACUCCUGGUCCCACGACACCUUCACCAACGAAUCGGGUUGCUUUCCAUCCCUUGCCAGAUAGGCCUAGCCCUAACGCACUCCCACUACCGCUUCGGGGAUGCAGCGACUCAUCGUCUUAUGCUUCAAGUCUUAGCUCUCGAGCUGGCUCCGCAGUACCGGGCAGGUAUCCUCCCCGAUACGCACCUACUGAUCCUGGUUCUCAACACGGUAGUCUUCACGAGAUCCAUGUCAGCGAAUCUGCUGGUAUUCAAGAUAAUCAGCGGCGAACACUACGAUACAAAGGAUGAGCACAUCGCUCCCGACUCGCCCUGUCCGGCAUGGCUCGCCUCGGGGCAAUGA